CGAGUGUUUAAUUCGAAGAUUCAAACGGUCAACACCUUUACCUCGAAAUUUUCGUAAAAACGAAUGCUACUGUUACCGGCAAAGCGGUAUCAAACGUACAAGAGCGAUCAGUGACUCUCACGCAUCGCCAAUUACGUUCGAAGCAGAGUUCGGAUUGAAAAGAAAAAUACUUUCGAAUUAUCGAUAGCUCGCGUUUCGAUAUCGAUAAUUACCGACCUUUGUCCGGUGGCGACGAAAUUCGAUGUUAUUUAAUCGUGCAACCCUGGUUCCGAAUCACGUCGGAAACAUAAUAUUUGUAAGUCGUAUAAAACUUGCAUCAUACGAUUCGGUAAUAUCGUCGCUGCGUGCAUCAUCGUAGGCCGCCUCGUGUCGAGAACCGCUGACUUGGGACUACGUGACGCGGCGCGGUUUCAGAGGGCGUCAACAAAGUCGCCCGAUUCUACGUAGAAGCAACGGAAAGGCGGGAGGGUAGCAGAAGGAGCCGCGGUUAGAUAGGGGGGUGGGGAGUUGUCGAUUCGCUGACAAACGGGCGAUGCAGAAGAGUGGUGGGGCUGUUAGUAAGCGGAGCGGCCAUUUUGCGAGGUUCAGUCGGAAACCAACUGCCGAUGAAAGCAGUGAGGGAAGGUGAACGAGAAGACCCGAUGUGUUAGCCGAAGGAUUUUUAAUGCGUUUCCGAGCCCGGUUACCGCUACGUGUGAGAGGCUGUGCGACACCGACAACGGAACAGCGACCAUCCAGAGAUUUUCACGUACGGAGAGACUCCGGUUUAUCCGGCGGAAAGUCUCAUAGUAGAAGAGGAUACGAGGUAGCGGAGAUAGACGAAUUAUCGUCUGCGGAGAGUUUGAGAAAUCUAGGAGUCGUGCAGGGAUACGAAUUCUCGUGAGAGAAGUUUGUUCGCUGCUAACAUCGUUGGAUCGAAGGUGAAACGAAGACCAGCGGGAGGUCGAGAUAUUUUCCGGUGACAUCGUUUCCUGAAGCGAGCUAACAAACGGACGGGUGGAGAAAAAAAAGAACGAAAGGAAGAGAGUGCAGUGUCAUAGUCUGUGAUAGUAUUUAUUCAAAAAGAAGAUCCAAGCUGCGACGCGAUCCUCUGUUGUACCCAUGCAACAUCAUUCGUCGAUUUGGAUAAACCGCGAGAACUAGAGAAUGAGAGAGGAGUAGAUAGCCUUUAUAUAUUUAUUUAUAUCUGUGAUACCGACACUGAUAUACAUCGAACUAUCCCGGGAGGUACGCGUCGGUAGAGAGAAAAUUAACGGACGAGAUCGAGUGAAAUUGAAAGAAUCGAAGAGAAGGCGAGAAAAUAGUUACGUAUCGGGAAAAGACAAACUUGGGAGAUCGAGAUUGCGGGACAAGAAGAUUAUAUCAGUAUCUUAGUGGAUAUAGAUGUUUCUGUAAAUACGACUGACUCUUUUUUACAAUUAUUGAUAAACGGAGUACCGGGAGCGUUUCAUCGUUGUUCGUUAAACGAGAAGUGACCGGAGGUGAGGAAGAAAGUCAGAAAAUAAAAGAAGGAGUUUCGUUUUGAGGAAAAAAACCUCUUUUUUUCACUGUUCUUUGAACGUUGAAGAAACAACGUUGUCGCGUGCGAAAAUGGUGGAGAAAAUCCUGGAAGAACGAGAGGACGGAUGUCAGGAGGUUGGAAGAGAAGAUGCAACUUGCAGAGAAACCGUGAGUACGACGACGGGAGAAUCCAUGAGCGCUGUGCAAGCUCGACAAGAAGAAGCUAGGCGUAAAAGACGCAGGAAGAAGCGCUCUGGUUCAUCCUUGAUGUCUUCUUGUUUCCAAGAACUGUACAGAUUGACCGGCGAAGUUCUUGGAGAAGGUGCUUACGCCUCGGUUCAGACUUGUAGAUCGCUUUAUACCGACUUGGAGUAUGCCGUUAAAAUUAUCGACAAAAUUCCCGGUCAUGCACGGGCUCGGGUAUUCAAAGAGGUCGAGACGUUCCAUCAUUGUCAGGGCCAUCCUAACAUCAUCCAGUUGAUCGAGUUCUUCGAAGACGAAGAGAAAUUUUAUCUCGUAUUCGAGAAAAUUAACGGCGGUCAGUUGUUGAGCCGAAUCCAAGAGAGGAUUCAUUUCAGCGAACGGGAAGCGAGUCAGAUAGUCAGAGAGAUCGCUAGCGCGCUAAAUUUUCUUCACAAAAAAGGAAUUGCCCACCGAGAUUUGAAACCCGAGAACAUCUUGUGCGUGUAUCCGGACAAAUUGACUCCUAUCAAAGUAUGCGAUUUCGAUCUUGGUUCCGGCAUCAAAUUCAACAACUCGCUGUCCAGCCCUGUCGCAACGCCGCAACUUUUGACCCCGGUGGGCAGUGCCGAUUUCAUGGCGCCGGAAGUCGUGGAAGCGUUCAUCGGGGAAGCGAAUUAUUACGACAAGCGUUGCGAUCUGUGGAGCCUCGGCGUAAUCAUGUACAUUCUUCUUUGCGGUUAUCCGCCUUUCUAUGGGAACUGCGGUUCCGACUGCGGCUGGGAGAGAGGAGAAAACUGUCAGGCUUGCCAGGAGCUGCUGUUCACCAGUAUUCAAGAGGGCAGGUACGAAUUCCCUGAUAACGAAUGGAGAUGCAUUUCGGAGGACGCGAAGGAUUUGAUCAGAGGACUUCUGGUCAAAGAAGCCCACCAAAGGUUGAGUGCCGAAAGUAUUCUAAAACAUUCGUGGAUCAAUCCUGGCCCUAGCUCGGUCGAGAACACCGAGAAAUCUCUUACGACUCCUCAUAUAAUCAGGAGGAACAAUUCCGCCAGAGAACUGUCUGCUUUCGCGGAAUCGGCUAUGGCUGUGAAUCGCGUGGUACUUCAACAUUUCUCCGUGAAUCUGGACGAGCUGGCGGAGAAAAGGGAGCCAAGAUUGUCCACUUCGUCUACGGACGACGAUAAUCAUCCUUACGGGCACAUGUCCGAUUCGAGUAGCGAACUGUCCGAGCACAGUAAGAAUUGCAUCACUCAUUCCUCGAACGAGUUCGAAACGAACUCGCGUCGAAAGUCUAGCUCGGUUCGUUCGAGCACCGAUCUGUCCGAUUUGAAGACUAUCGGUAAGAAUCGGCUGAUCGGUAAAGAGUCGUCGAUCCAACAACUGUUUGGCCUGUCACCGCCUAGCGAGAGUCGUUUGAUGCAGCGUCGUUUAAAGGCGCGUUCCGAUCUGCUCGAACGUCAAUCGAACAAAGCGGUUAUCGCAUCACCGAGUGGCUGAAAUGGCUUUCGACGAGUGUGCGACGAAAAGGAAGAUCCUCCUUUCUUGGUAGCGUGCGCGUUAUUCAUUCGUAUUUACACGUCUACGUUGUACGGAAUUCGAAGGAAGCAUGUACGGUAAUGCGUUAUCUAUCGUCGAUAUUCGCGGAACGUUGUAACAACGAUAAUGUAUUAAGCGGAUCCUACGGGACGAUUGGUUGAACGAAUUUGCACGACAAUUGGCGGCUAACUCGACCAGCACCGUUCACAUUGACAACAACACCAACACUACAGUUGACGAUUGACAAAUUGAUCAUUGGACGUGUUUCUCUUUUUGCAUUUUAUGGAAUUAGAAGAGAAAUAGAGAGAGAGAGAAAGUAUUAUCGUAACGCCUAACGUUCUGUUUCUGUUCGAUGUUCGUUUCAAUUUCAAUGCUGUUUUUCCUUUUUCUUUUCAGACACACGCGCUGCUCUGUUCGAUCGAGUUCGCGUAAACGUGCCUGCGAUUUCAUUUCAUUAUCAUUUAUCGUGUCGCGUUGCGUUACACUCGUUAAAUAAUAUGAACGAACAUAUGACACACGCUUAUCGUCGUCGUUAUAUAAAUCUGAAAACAAACGAACAUUUACACGGACUGAAAUUCCGAUUAUAAUUCUCAGUUGUCCCUGACACGAUACGAAACCUGGUUAUGCGUGAAUUCCAUUGGUAAUCAGUUGGAAACUUAAAUUAGCGCGUAAUAUUACAAAUAAUGUGUCGUAAUUUACGGUAGAUGAAUCUUUCUGUCCUUUCGCUGUAAUAGUACGUAGAGAGAUAAAAAAGUGAGAUGCUUAUGUGCUCGUUCAUAUGUAUUUAGCAAAAUGUAUGUGUGGACUUAGUUUUAUUCGUGUAGGGUUGAACAAAAAUCAGUCUUUACUUUUCUUUCAAUUUUCAUUUCGUAGAAUGUUAAAAACAGAUAUCUCUUUGCACGUUGACGAAAGACAAGCAGAACGUUAAUUGAAACGAGUUUCUCUUCCUUCCUGUUAAUCUAUUUUUCGUUCGGGAAAACGAUCAACCGACCAGUCGGUCGUUCUCCCUAACUUAAAAUAGGCGAAUAGAGCGCUAACGAGAAAAAAAAAUAAAAUGGGAGGAGAGUAUAGAGCAUACGAGUCUCUUGGUGCAUGUUACGAAUAGUUUUGCUCAGUAGGUUUCUAAGAAUGUAAUAGAGUGUAAGUUCGAAAAUGUCGCAAGUUAAGGUAUCCAAGAAAGGAAAUGCGGUUCUAUCGAGAGAGGGAAAAAGAGGGCGAACGAUACACGACGGCCAUUUCUUCUUCUUUUUUUUUCUUCUUUUUGUUUCUUUUUGUAAAUGUCUCUUAACAGUAACUUUGUAGAGAGUUUUAGCAUGUAAGGAAAAACAAAUUAGUUUAACAAAAACGAUAAAAAAAAAAAAAAUGAAAAAAAUACAGAAAAAAUUGUACCUGCGUCGUAAGUAAAUAAGGGAGAGGAAAGAAAGGGGCGAGCGAGUAAAAAAACGAGAGAAAGAGAGAGAGAACGAGAAAGAGAGCGCGAGAGAGAAAAAUAUUGAGAGCGGUCAAAAGAACAAGGAACACGCGCGUUAACGGGAAAAAGAAAAAUUUUCCUCGGCGAAUCUAGAUUACAUAGAAUCAUCCGUUAAUUGCUGUUACGUAUUUUUGUAGAGUUUUAUCGAUAAAAUGUCAUUUUAUCGCGUCUGCCCACCAAACAGUAGUAGCAAUCGAUUUUUAUUAUUAUUCGAUUCGCUUUAUCUUUUUCUUUUUUUUUUUUUUCUUCCUCUAUCGUUUCCUUGGCCUAAUCGUGUGCGAAUCUCUGGCAUCGUCCUAAUGUACACCCGAUCGAGUUACAUAUAUGCAAAUUGCUAUUCGGUUUCCUUUGUUACGAAAUACAAAGCCGUCAAGGUUUUAAAUUCCGACCAAGUUGGAAAAUUGGUUUUACUUUUUUUUCUUCUUUUCUUGUUCCUUUUCUUCUUCAUUUAUACCCCUUCGGUGUAAAAUAGUAUUUUGGUACAACGAACCAAAGAGCGUGGACGGUAAUCACCGUCCCGCAGCUUUUAUAUGAUUUUCAAAAUCUCUUUUCUUCUCCAUACCUAGUUUGAAUACUAUUUUUUCUGUAUUUAUUUGGUUUGCCUGCUGGCACGGUGGGACAGACAUCUUACUCAGGGCAGUUUACAUUGAGCUGCGCAAGUUUGUUAACGAAUUACACACUAUUUACUAUUCGCGUUCGAAGAAAACUAUCGAGAAAAAAAAAGAGCUUAUUAAUGUGUCUACGCGCGUUCAAAGUCCAUUCAGGGUUAAAGGUUAAUCGUUAUAUAUUAACAAAUUGUUCUUCCUUCUUACCGUUUAACCCUGGAAAAAAGAAGCGUUGUACAACAGGUUUACACACGACACGGCACAGGAUGUCGCGUACCUGGUGUUACAAGCGUCAUCUGUUACCAUCGUUUCGAAUAGUUGAAAAUAAUCGAUUUUUCUGCUUGUAACAUUAAUUAGACGACACCCUGUGUUUAUUGUAUACGCCCCGAUAACAGAAAGUCGACGCAUCGUUAAAAACUUUCCUCGAGGAUGUUCUCUCCAAAGUACAGACAUGAUUUAUUAUUUUCUUCUUUAAAUCGGUAUCGAGUUUGAGACGGUAAACGCGAUGUCGAUGAUUAAAAAAUAAGAAACAUCUUUGGUUACCACAAAAAAUUCGUCCAAGUGAAAAUGAAAUUCGAAAGAAGAUAGAUUGUAUUUCUACGAAUGCGUCGACGAAGAGAAUCAUGUGAAAAAUACGCGUCAAAAUACGUGGCUUACGACGUAGAGACGAAAAAAAGCGUUACAUUAAUUACACACAGAUACACGUACACGUUGCGAUCCUUUGAUCGUGGGAGAAGAAGAUGUUGAGGAGACACAAUAAUCAGGUAGAACUCUGUUUAUUCGAAUACGAAAUAGAGGAGCAAGCUCCUGGCAAUGAGGGAAUUUAAAUAUGAAAAUUUUAUCAUUUUGUUGUAGAGUUUACGCAAGUGUUUGCAUAAGUGGAGCAGCCAUUCGAGAUCUGGGGAAGUUGGCGAACAGAGUUCUACCUCGCGAUUCCUGGCCUCUUUCGUAAGACCAAAGAUACGAUAACGAUGUAAAGCAAAGAAAAGUGUAAAAAAAAAAAAAAAAAAGAGCGGUAAAAGGCUUUUCGCGUGAUCGUAUCUUUCGAUUUUGCGUCUGUUCGCUUCUUGCCAUACGUUUAUCGAAAUUUAUCUUUCCUUUCUAGUUUUCUUCUUUUUUUCGAUCGAUUGAAUUUUUAUCGAUGCAUUUCUUCAUCACUCAGAGUUGUUUUCUUACCUUUUAAUUACACUAGCGUGUGGCGUGAUGAAUGUCGGUACACAGUAAUUUCAUAGGAAAAAGUUUAAUGCAUUUUCGACCGGUAUCAUCCUUCGUAGAGUCUACGGAAAGUGUGAAUGUGGAAGAGAGGUGCUUUCUUUAAUUUCCCCGUUUUCUUCAACUACAAUUCGGAAUGCGUCGCGUCGUUGACACCAAAUCGAAUGUCUGUAUGCGUGCGUGUGUGUGUGUGUGAAACGUUGACAACUCGAGUGUGAAGCAACUCCUCUUUCUCGAGGGAACAUUUUAAACGCGAGAAAAGAAUUCGUUUAGCAAAAGGGCAGCGAGAAAUCCGUGUUUCUUGGAGAAAAGCCAGAACGAAAUGGAAAAUCCACGGCCAUAAUACGUAGAUUUAUAAACUAUUAUUACGAGUGUGUGUAGAUCGCGUGUAAGAACAGAAAAAUUAAGUCUGCUAGGAAGUGUGUGGAUACAGGAUGUUACGUACGACGUGGAGGAUCGUCAAAGAACAGGAAGGCUAUGAAAAAGUCUCUCUUGCAUCCAGUGAUGUGUAACCCUCGUUUGGUAAUUUUAAUUCUUCAUUUUUAAUUUUUAAUUAAUUUUUAAUUUUAUCUUUCAGUUUAAGGGUGUUAAAUUUACAGUGUCGGUCAUCUUCGUGGCGGUGAAAGUAUUAACUUUCUUCUAUAUCAGCUCGGUUUAUUUUUCAGAAAUAGCAAAAUAGAAAAUGGGCCAUAACUUGGGAGCAAGAUCGAACAGAAUGAACUCCACGUGUUACGGAACACCUUGUAUAAAUUUAUGCGUGUUCGAGUGCUCGAACGAGACAACAAUAUUAGUGUUUAAGCAAAAAAUUAGAAAACAUCUUUGAAAUUUGUAAGAUCACGAGCCGAGUAUCGGUGCGCUGUACAUCCACGACCCUUUAGUCGUCGUUCAAAAAGUUUGCCGAAAAUCUACAGUUUUUCAAUUUUAAACGUGGGCGUGAAAACAAUUGUUAAAGCCCGUACAGCCAAACGAUAUCGUUCGUAAAUUUAUUCUGUUUCGAUUGGGAAACGAGAAACGGUUUAUUGCAUGCGACAACGACCGAUAGAAACAGCAUUUUCGUUGUUACGUUUUUCAUUUUUCGUCAGAGAAAAACUCAAAAACACAAAAAAAAGAAAAAAAAAUAUGAAAAACAUCGCCAAAAAAAAAAAAAA